GCCGCCUCCUGAGCCUGGGUAGCGGCUCGGGUAGGGGCGCCGGGAGGAGGUGGCGAAGGCGAGGCACGAGAGGAGGAUGACAGCGACCUUCAUCUGUGUGGGGGAGAAUGAAAAGAGAGAGAAAGAGAGAGAGAGCAGAAACACACACUCUCUCCCCCGCCCCUUCCCUCCUCCCUCCCCCCGCCUGCUCCUGAUGAAGGCAGCACUCGUCCUUGCGGUCCUGGGGGUGGCCUCUGCUGGGAACCGGUACGGGCAUGGCGGCGGCUCCUCCGUGACUGUGGUGAGCGGUGGCGUGGGAGGUGGCGUGGGCGGUGGCGUGGGCGGUGGCGUGGGCGGCGGCAUCGUUGGUGGUGGACAUGGCGGUUACGGAAGCAGUUACCUGGUCGAUCUGAGCUACGGCUACAGCGACUACCACUUCUCCUGGAGACACGAUGGAGGCAGGAAGUACGACGGCCAAAGCGCUAACUAUUACUGUAGGUCCCUGGGCUACGGAUGGCAGGGCGUGAGCAUCGAGACCCCCUAUGAGGACGCCAUCAUUUCCAAGAUCAUCUACCAGGACAACGUGAAGUACAUCUGGACCAGCGGCUACAGGAGCGGCUACAACUUCCGCUGGGCCUCCGGUAACCCCUUCUACGGCAUCAACUGGUCCUACACUGGCAGCCUUGGCAAGCCCCAGCCCGACAACGCGGAGGACGGCAAGGAGAACUGCCUGGCUGUGCUCAACAACUUCUACAACGACGGCAUCAAGUGGCAUGACGUUGCCUGUUACCACGAGAAGCCCAUUAUCUGUGAACGCCCUCGUGUGUAUGGUGGCUACGGCUCCUCUCUCGGCGGCGGCUUCACUGGCGGCAGUAAUGCUGGUGUUGGUGUUGGUGUUGGCGUUGGUGUUGGUGUCGGUGGUGGUGUCGGUGGUGGUCUGUACGGACGCUAAGUGUGGAUUGAAUUGCAAGCUCCAAGAUUUGAAACCGCCCCCCUCGGCCACCUACCACCGCAAUGCAGCUUUUUAUCUUUGUUCCUGUUUUUUCUUGUUUCCUGUCUUCGCCACUUGACUCCUGUGUCGUGGCGCUUCUAAGCAGUCAAUAAAUGAGUUCUGUA